UCUUUCCGAGUUCGUUCCAGGUUUCCUUCCACCAUUUCAGUCAACGCUCCCUCCGUCAAGUGCAAGGUUCCCUCAAAUCCGACUCCCAAAGUUUUAAGUUAUACACACUUUACAUAGAUUUUAUCAAAAAUUCCACAUUCUAGAGUUUCUCAAAUUCUUAGUUGGAAUAUUACACAUGGACAAUUUAAGUCGAUUACAACUUAAUAAAGCAAGUCUUCUUCAACAACAAGUUGCACAGUGAGGAAUUCGAGUGAUAAGUUGGAAAUGAGUUGGGCAUCUAAAGUGCCAGGAUCGGAAUCAAAUGAUUGGAUAUAUAUACACUGAAUAAGUGAUAUCUGUUUGUUUGUGGACAUCGUUAUCUGUUAUCGUUCAUCACGAAUCAGCAUCACACGAAGCACAUUUUUUGCCCAGUGUAUUUUACAACAGUGAAUUUUUCUUUAAUCCCAAAAGUUUUCGCUGUACGAAAAGACCAUUGUUGUUUGUGUGUUAAAGCUGAGUUACAAAAAUAAAAACCAAUUUGUGUUGGUUUUAUUAUGAACGUAGUGCACCAAGCUACAGAUAAAAAGCAUCAAGGAUCACCUCCAAGCCAGUUUCAAAACAUUUGUAAAAUAUGUAAAAAACUGUACUCUGAUAAAGCCGGACUAAUGGAUCAUCAACGCCAACAGCAUUCUCAUCAACCUUCAAUCUCAAUCGCACAGCAAAUUCAACGAUUGCAGAUGAAUCGUCUCAAUCGGGAUAUGCAAAAUAAACCUCAAGUGUCAAAUGGAAGUGGAUCCCGAGUUGAGAGUUAUGAAACACUUCAGAAACCUCCACCAAACCUGAUGAAGCCAAAAUUGCAGUCAUCUAGAAAACAACAAUUCCACAGCCCAAACGGAGAGUCUUUCCUCAGAUCGGAUACUGAUAACCGUGAAGAACAUGGUGAAGAGUUAUGGCCAAAAAGGUCCAAGAAGGAUGACGACCCACCCAACAUAAUCAGUGGGACGUUAGCAGCGGCAACCGCAGCUUGUUAUUCCCCUCAGCCUGGGGGUAGCAACAAUAACUCACCCACUACAUCCAACGGAAGUGGACCCUCUACUCCUCAGUUGAAGCCUGUUACUUCCACGCCCCCAGUAGUAGCUGCAGCAGCUUCUACUUCCUCGUCCCCUGUAGUACAAACUAAAGAACAAAUUUUCAAGAGCAAACUCAGCCCACAACUUCUUUCAAAAAUUCAACAAAACAUGAGCAAUGCAGGACAUGUCGUAGCUAACAAGAAUCAGCCCAUGUCCCCAAAUGGUAAGGGGGUCACCAGGAUGCCCGUACCUAAACUAAUGUCGCGAACAAAGGCUCAGUAUCAACUCCUCCGGUCUCAAGUUCAAAGACCAAAGCCAAAACCUGGAGCCGGUGUUGCAGCAGUAAUUCCCAAAAACAAUGAAGAACAACCAAGUGGAAUUGCUGUAGCACAGCCACAACGACCAACUAAUGUCACUUUCAAUCCCACUGCAUUUCAGGCUAAGACUAAUCCGAAGCUUGGCUCAAAUUUGCAGAAAGCGGAUGGAUUGUCGACGAUCACGAUACAUAAGCAGCAAUUAAAGCCACCAGGUGUGGUUGUUGGCGGAGGUAAUAAAGCUACAAAGUUGCCACCACCCACAACGGUUGUGGCAAUAAGAACUGCAAGCUUGUUGGAUUCGGUGGCGAAAAAUCAGCUUGGCCUUGGGGCUAGACGUGGAGGGGCAACCGUGAAUUCGCUCCGAGGAGGACGUGGGAGAAGCGAAGCCAUUGCAUCAGCACGAGGAGGCCGAGGGAAAACUGCUGUUGGUACAUUGCGACGAGAAACUCAACCCCCAUCUCCAUCGCAAUCUGGUGGAGAAUCAGGGUCCGACUCGGAUGAAUAUGGUUACUCCACCCCGUCUCCUCCUCCCACUAAAACAUUUCGAACAUCUAAAUCAGUGUCUCCUGCUGCCAGCCGUGGGAAGAAUAAAACAAACAACAAACCAUCGCCAAGAAAUACUUCGACAACAUCUCCUCAAAAAAAGAAGGAAGUAGGAGACGAAAGGGUUUAUGGCAAGGACUACAAGUGUCCAGCCAUGGACAAGGUUGCAUCUUACCUGACGAAAAAGGGGGAACGAAUUUGGAUUUGUCUGGUUUGCGAAGAGCCUGAGCAAGAAAUUAGUCGAGGGCCUAUGAUUUGCUGUGACGGUUGCGAUGAUUGGUACCACAUGGCGUGUGUAGGCUUGGAUGAUGAACCUCCAGAAAACGAAAAAUGGUUUUGUAAGAGAUGCAUCUUUAAAAAACUCCACACAAAGAAACUUGCUGUAGAUAAGAGUGACACGGACUCUGAGUCGGAGGAGGAGGAGGACGACGAGGAGGAAGAGGAGGAGGAUCGUCCCAAAGGAAGAACAUCACCGUUGCGGAGUAGAAAUAAUAAGGGUCGUGGGACAGGAAGUGGGAGGGGUGGGGGUCGAGGUGGUCGUGGCCGAGGUGGGAGAAAAUAAUCUAAAUGUGUGCACAAUCCUAUACUUUCAAAAUACAUGCAUUGUGAAAUUAUGUAUCAGUGCCACCAAUCUGCAUUUAUAGUGAUUUAUCUUUUAAUAUGCGGGUUGAAAUUAUGUGAAUAGUUUUUAGCUAUGUUUUGUAGUACGUGUUGAUUACGGGUGGUAUCAUUUGUAUAUUACAAAAUAUACUGUUUGUAGAUUCCAUAUGAACAAUUGACAAGUUCAAGAGAUUUAAAAAGGGUUUUAUUAAUUACAUGACGAUUUUUUGUAAGAUUUUACUUGAAGAUUUUCAGAUAUGUGUAUGUACAUACAUAAGUGAGGACUUGUAAUAAGCAAUAAGAGUUAGAAACUGUGUUGUAAGUAAAGUGAACUUUAUUUAUUUACGAAUCUUCAGUUUUCAAGAUAUUUUGUACAGAUUAGGACUAAUGCAUAUCAUUUCUAUUAAUUCUGACUUCCAUUCUCUUCUGGUUUACCAUUUUUGAGAUAUGCCAAGAGAUUUUAUAGUCAAAUGACAGUAUUAAGGUUUUUAUUUUUGUUACUCACAUCUCACCACAGUUUGGAGCAAUUACAUACAACACAGUUGAUAUUAUGUAGAUAAAUAAAUAAUUGUAAAUUGAUGUAGUAAAUCUUACAGCUUUAAAGAACUUGAUCUGAUUUCUUAUUCUAUCGAAUCUGCUUCCAUUUCCAAAAUGUAUAUAUACAUAUAUAUAUUUUAAUUGUUGUAAUAAAAGUAUUAUUACGUAUGUAAGCACUCUAGACUAAAAAGACAA